UCUCGAUCACCAUCACCCGGACGCACGGGAAUCACGCACAGGAAUCUUCAUUUUUGUUGUUGUCGUGUGCGCUGCUUUCUCGGAUUGUCGCGCCUUCGACGGUUGCCUCUAGUCUCCAGGCAGCAUGACGGAACUUGCUCUCGCCUUUUAAGGAUAAUAAUGGUCCGCUUCAAAUGUACAUCUUUACUGAGCUGGAGCUGAGGUUUCAUUCGGAGUCCAACUGGAUCCACACAGCGGGAUGGAUACGAAUGAGUUUGCAGUGCUGAAACUUUUAAUUGUUGGGAUCUUGGUCAAUGCCUGGAUGGUGGGAGAAUUGACAGCUACUGAGAGUUUCAACAUCGAACCUACUUCUGCCCGACCAAGGAGAGCCUGCAAUGAGUCCCGCUUGGAGUGGGAAGUGGAGAUUUGUGGUGAAGAGUUCAAGCGUGACAUGGCUCACAUAGACCCUCAGUACUGGUGUAACCUCACUCACUUUAUCAGUGAGUACCAUAUCUUCACGCUCUGCACAGAGAGCAAAUCUCUCACCGUCCACUGCUACUGGCCGAAUCCCCUGGUGGAGAGCUACAUCAUCCGCAUACACAAGCACUUUUUCUCCAACUGCACUUUGGAGCAAGUGGUAUGGGUCGAUCCCCCGGACAACACUCUCACCAUCCUUAUCCUAAUCCCUGUUUCCCUCACCUUGGCCAUGAUCGCCUUGGUGGUGUGGUGCAGCAAGCGAAGCGACAACCUGGCUUAGAAGGGAAGGCAGAGAGAUGGACUCUGAAUGAAAAGACAUCAUCAGAAGAUCACUGUACAAUUCAAGCAGCGUUCAAAAGUUGUGGGAGUUUGCUUUUCACGAUCAUUUGAUCUGCAAACACAUUCCAGCAAUCUAGUACCUAAGCAUCUUCAGACAAGAAAAAGUUCAAACAUUUUGGGUGCUUUCACACUUGCAUGCAGUUAUCUAUAGAAGCCCAACAGAGUCAUAAUUAAAUUCAUAAAAACAGCAUUUUGAAAUAAACACCAUUUUGAUAAAAUAGCAGACAAAUGUUGAAUAUGGCCUUUAGAUUGUAAAAUAAGGUAAUAACUAUCUAAAAAAGAUUUUACAAUAUAAAAAGUGUUUUUCAUAGUGUAAUUUUUUCCAAAAUGGCCUUUUUAAUUCAUAAUGUCAUUUUUUCAGCACAAAGACUUGGUCUCUGUAGAUCAAAUAUAUAAGGUGGAGAGAGCUCAUCCAAUAGCAGAGGGGCAGGCGUACUUAUAUCUGUGCUAAGGUGCUGUUUCAGCAGGCGGAUACGCACGAGUCAAGGCCGAAGAAACCUUGCACUUUUUGUGAGCUCUGGGACACUCGAAAAAUGGCUCACACAACUCUCCUUGCUAAGCUAAUUGAUAUCUCGAUGUAUGUUUGUGUGGAACUGUAGUUCACAAAUAACAAAAAAACUAUUCACAUUCUCGCCGAGACUAGUAAAACUCUUUACACGGCUAAUAUAAUCUCAUCUUUCCUACUCCUUGUCACUGUUUUCUAGUGCAAUCAUGAAAAAAAUGUCCCCUUCCUGGCGGCGUCUCCGUCAACUUGAUGCUGCCCAUGUCUGUGUCAAAAAUCAUUCAAUUGCUUAACUGCCUCUGCCUUAUGUAUUUAAUUGACAGAGUCAUUGUGUUGAAGCGCAUUGAGAUAGAUAUUAUGAAAUUUAAAAAAAAUACUUUGUACAAAACACUUUUUAUCUUGUGAAAUUUUGUAAAAAUAACAAAAAAGUUACUUGGAAAAAAAUGAUGACAUUUUUUUAAAAUAAAGAUUACAAAAAGAUGUAAUAAGAAAAAAUUCAAAGGAAUUAAAGAAAAAUAAAUAUAUUUCAUAAUACAAGUACCGUAAUUUUCUGACUGUAAGCCGCUACUUUUUUCCUCUCAUUUUGAAUCCUGCGGCUUAUAGUCUAGUGCAGCUUAUUUGUAGAUUAAUUUGGGUUAGUAGGAAACAUUUUCUUUGACACAAAAUGACAUAUGUCAUAAACAUUCACUAAUGCUCAUGGUGGUGUCAUGUAAUAAUUAUGAUGGUCUUAUGGCGCCAUUGUCAAAUAAAGUGUUACCAAAUACCAUAACGAGCAAUUAAUGAAACAACUGGAACAGUAACUGAAGAAAUAAUUAGCACAGAACAUAAAUUUUGAUCGUUAUUUGCAUCUAUAGCGCUGCAAUGCAUGUUAGGAGGCAUAUGGGACGACAAGUGUACACAUAAGGUGGCAGCCGAAGUUGACUCUCACCCCCAAGGGAUCAGUGAUGCCCAAAUGAAGCUUCUUGAAGCAAUGAAGCUUUGCAGCCUAUUGGUUCAAAGCUUCAUGGUGGUUCAUUUGAUCUUAUGACAGUCUUUUGAUGCCACUGUCAAAUAUAGUGUCACCGGUUAAUAUCUUUUGGAGUAAAUAUCCCAUAAUACAGCAAGGACAGCUGCGGGUUAUAGUCCAGUGCAGCAUAUCUCUUAACAAAUGCCAUUUUCGUGUCAAAUUUGGUGGGUACCAGUUUAUAGUCAAGUGCGCCUUAUAGUACAAAAAUUAUGGUAGUCUCCGGGUUAUGAAAGAAUUCCGUUCCUACAGUGCCCUUUGUACUCCUAAAUACUCCCUAAAUCUAGAAAAAAAACUUUCCGACAACAUGUAAAAUAAGACAUUGUACUGUCCUCGCCAAGACUUUGGAGCUCAGUCCUAGCUAGACAGCAAGCUAAAUGACCGUGUAGUUUGCUGACUUUAUUCAGCUGCUCAUGACAUUAACACUUGCAGACUGAAAGUAAAACAAAAAUAAAAUUAAAUAAGUUUCGUCGUCUGCUAUUUCAUCAAAAGGGUAUUUAUUUUAAAUUGUUGUUUUUAUUUAUUUAAUUAUGACACUUCAGGGCUUCCAUAAUUAUUAGUUACCAUCAAACUCAAGUUGUAUGAAAUAAUUGGCCAGGUGUGACUAAAGAAAUUUUGUGGUAGUUGAUCGGUUAGAUCUCCAAAUGAACUCUGGCAUGUGUUGAGAACUCGAUCUAAUGUUGUUCUGAAUCGUUUUUGGCCCAAAUGGCAUAGUGAGCAUGUUCGCAGUUAGCAUGUUACAUCGACAAUCACCAUGCCUGCAUUUGUGCUGUUUUUGCCUGUCCGCCAAAACAUUUUCAUAUUUCUUCAACCAAUAAUGCAUACGUAGUUUGACUUUUGUGGAAUUGGGGCAAACAUGUUGAUGACCCCAAAUCGCAAUGUUUGAAAAAUAAUUCUGACUCAUUAUGAAAUACUUGGAUUCUUGUUCAUUUCAUUAAUUUUUGUUGUUUGUUUUAUGGCUUUCACAACCUUUAUAGACGACAUUUAGGUCUUUAUUUUAAAGAUGAAGUUCAGAAUAUUUGACGUUUGGCUUAAUCUUGAGGUUAGUGGGGGUUUAAUUAGUCGUUGGAGUUGAUUUCAACUAUUCCGCGCAGUUUGUCAGUUAUUUGUUAGUUUCAGGGCUCCAGAGUGGCUAAGCUAGUGCGAGUCAAUGGUGCUUGCUUAGCUAUGGUGACCAUAUUUUGAUAUCCAAAAAAGAAAACACUCAGGAUACUUAAAUUUUAAAUUAAAGUUCACUCAAAGAUGCCUUAUCAGUUAAUAUAUUUAAGAGUUAGUGACGGGAUCUGUCGUUCACUUGAGGAAACGAAUCCAUUCCAGUUCGUUCAGUAAAAAGACUCAUUCAAACAAAUGGUUCAACGAAUCGUUCGCCCCCCUCAUCCCCCUCCCCGCCCAAAUGAAUCGUUCGGUUAGUGAACGGGAAGUGACGUUGCCGAACGAAUCACCAAAGACCGCUUCACAGUAUAACUGAAUGGGAAGUGUCAUUGCUUGGUCCCUCCCUCUCUUGCAGACAGGCUCCUCAUUGACCGCUCGUCGUAGUUUCAGAAAUGAGUGACAGACGAUAUCAUUCUGCUUUCCCAGCCUCGUCUCCCUCCCGCUGCUGCAGAAGCGAGGGAGAACUUCCGCGUCGUCUGUCGUAUUUCUAUGGGAUCAAAGUCAUAGCUCGUGCUUGCAUUUCGAUUUAGGACACGGUUAAACAUUUUCCUUUUGUGGCGGGAGUGGGGGUUUGGGGUCGGGGGCGCACGUACUUUCUUUAGCAUGAUAUUGAUCACAUAUACAAUGCUGGUGCUACCACCCAACGCAGCAUGCUUGCUGUCACGAAAAUAGAAAUAAAUCGAAAGUUUAAUUUCUAAAUUUGGGACGACCAACACAUCAUAUUUACCUCACGCUCUGUUGUGUUUUGUUUUUAUGCUCAUCACUAUUAUUUUUGGUAACUAUUGUUAAAACUAAAGUGUAAAUAGCUAGUUGUCAAAUUUGUUGCUCUGAAAUGAAAACAAUACUACAUUUUGAUAUUUGACGGUUUCAUUGCAAAUCAGUAUUAAGAUGAUCGUAUUGAAUUUUUGCACUGGUAUUAAUAAAUAAAAUAAUCCGGUCAGCACCCCUGUUGUCCCCUCAUCUCAGAUCGUCAAAUGCUGACGAGAAAUAAUUGUUUGCUCUUUACGAUGUCGCCUUUCUACUCUCAUUAGUCUGUUAAGAAAAAUGUAGACAUAUUGUGACAUCUCCCGUGCCCGUGUGCGUUGUUUUUGGGCGCUUGAGUAGCACAUGAUGGACGGAUGGACAUAAUUUGUCAAACCAACCAACACCAGACACGCUCUGACACGGGAAAAAAAAAAAAAAACACUUGGAAAAAAUUGACAUGUAUAUACAGUUUCAUUGCAAAUCAGUAUUAUGGUGAUCAUACUAAAUAUUCUUUUUUUCUGUGCACAUAUGAGGUAAAUAUCGCUGCCAUGAAGCAUCCAUACAGUCACAGUUCUCUCCCCCCUGCACUGCCGUCACACGACCGCAGCUCAGCUUUUGCUUGCUUCGUAGCUACCCGCGAAAGAGUUUUAUACUACUGUAAAUUAGAUUUUUUAACUCGUUCACCGCAUGACUGGAAAGUUAAGUCAGCAGCAAGCGAGUAAGUGAACGGGAAGUGACAUAACUCAGUUUUGCCCAUUGCUUGCAUGUUGGCUGCUUAUUGGCCACACUUGGAAGUGGGUGACAGACGCCCUGAUUCUGUUUCCGCUCCCUCCCCUGCCCGCGAUGAGGCUGGUGUCUGAUUGGUUGUGUGCGAUGUCAGAAGACACUGCCACUUGCUCAACGCCCUCCCACGCAGCUAACAAGCCCCAACUUCAUAGAACGAAUCAGUGCAAAUGGUGAUUAGUUCGGUCUCGUUCACCCAAACAAUUCGUUCAAAAAGAACGAAUCUUUCACGACGGAUACAACACUAUUAAGAGUGUGCCUCCUCCGUCUGGAAAGUAAAAUUCUGUUUUAUUUUUAUGUUUAAACACUUUUUUUCUUUGUUCUCUAGGAACACUUCACAGGAAGCACAGUACCGUAGUAUUUUGUGCAAAGUGCCAGUCAAUUUCAACACACGCUAAUUGGUCCUGUGAAAAACUAUCCGGAUAUUUUGAUGAAUUUAUAAAACCCCGCCGGACGCCCCGGACAUGAUGUAAAAAGUGGACAUGGCCGGACAAAAGAGGACGCUUGGUCACCCUAGCUUAGCAUGCCAAUGAAAAAACGAUAUUAACAGAUGUAAUGUAGUCAAAUAAAUCUGAAAUGCAGAUCAUUGUUCCAAAUACUGGCAAAAACAAUGCAACACCAAAGUGACGUAAUUCAUUUCAUUCUGCAGGACCAGUUUUGUUUUUGUCAACAAUGACUAUAACGAAAAUAUUUCGUCGACGAACAAUUUUUUUGAUGACGAUGACGAGACGGUAACGAGCUAAAAAUGUGUCUUGGGAGACUAAAGCAUAAUGAGAGGAGUGCCAUUUUCCGUCAGACGACAACGAGACGAAAAUGCGCCACAAGUUCCGUCACAUGUUCGCAAAGUGUGAAAUUUUUGUGUGUAGUUAGCCUGCAUCAUAGCAGUAUCUGGUUGUGUCACUCAUAUGACGUGCUGCGACCCCCCCCCCCCUCGACUCACCUCUCCUCUCGAGGCUUGCUUGUUUUGAAACACACAGUCACAGUGAGAUUUGUUUUCUUAUCUUGGCAUGAGAGAAUAAGCAAUGUUGCUUUAGCCUUUAAAGAUCUAUGCUGAGUGAUCAUCACAAACUUAGCGUUAGCAUAGCAUUCGCGUUAGCAUUACAUUACUACAGUGGUGUGAAAAAGUAUCUGAACGUUUCUCACAUUUGUGCAUAAAAUCACCAUCAAAUCUGAUCUGAUCUUUGUCAAAAUCAAACAGAUGUAAAAACAGUCUGCUUUAACUAAAACCACCCAAAUAUUUAUAGAUUUUCAUAUUUUAAUGAGGAUAGCAUGCAAACAAUGACAGAAGGGGAAAAAUAAGUAAGUGAACCCUCUGCCUAAGGAGACUUGAAGAGCAAUUGAAACCAAUUUUUACCAAACAAUUUAAGUCAGGUGUGUGCCCAAUCACUGAUGAGUGGUUUAAAGCUGCCCUGCCCACAAUAAAACUGGUGUGCAUCAUGCCUCGGUCAAAAGAGCUGUCUGAAGACCUGCGAUCAAGGAUUGUUGAUUUGUAUAAAGCUGGGAAAGGAUACAAAACCAUCUCUAAAAGUCUGGAUGUUCAUCUGUCAUGGAGUAGGGCUGUCCCAAACAACUAAUUUUCUCCCGAUUAGUCAGCCGACUAUUUUUACGAUUAGUCGACUAAUCUAAUAAUUAUUAUUAUUAUUAUUUUUUUACUAAUUUAGCAAUGACAUUUUUGUUGACGCUUAUCAAUUCACAAAAAACAUAUUGGAACACUCAAAUUAUUUAUUAAAGUACAAAUAAACACGUAAAUAACAAUAAUAAAUCACAAAUAAACAAUGAGUUCAAAUGCUGAUAGAAUUAACUAGUGUAGCAUCCCGAUUGAAAAGACGGUCUCUUAAACUGAUGGUUUACAACUUUUAUUCCAUCCUUGAUGUAAACACACCGUAAGAGCUACGGUGCACACAAAUAAAGCAACACAGUUAGAAAUUAACAAAAACUUUUCACCUUUUUCCUUUUAAACCUUAUUUAUAUACCAAUGAAUUGCCUAUAUGAAUUGCCUUUACCUUAAUUUAUUACCUUAUCAUUGACAAUCUCUCCCUUGAGUGCAAUCACUGUAUAUACUGUAUAUAUUUAUGACCUUUUAACCUCAUAUAAUUUUCUAUACCAUAAAAUAAACCAUAACAUGAAAUAAACCUUUCAAUUAGCAUGAAGAACAAUACUAAUAGCACUUAUAGGCCCAUUGUCAAUGAAACAUUAUUAUUUAGUAAGGCGACAGCACCCUCUGGUGUACAAAAAAUGAAAAAGAAAAAAAAAUUACAAACUGCAUGAAGGCGCUUGAGGUAUUUAUUCACGGCCGACAUGCAGCCAAGCUUGGCAUUGAAGAGACAGGACAGAAGAGUGUACUCUCCUUUGUUUCUUUGAAAUAAGGCAAUGUUUUGGACACUCUGGUGCGCUUUUUUUGGCUUUGUGCCACUUUCCCCGCUUGCAAACAGAGCAUCCGACAUUCUAACUCUCCACGCAUAUAUUUUUUUAACCCUUCAUUAACCGUCGACGGGAUGUUGUGCUCGUCGACGGAUUUAUGUCAUCGAUGACGUCGACUAUGUCGACUAGUCGGGACAGCUCUAAAAUGGAGAGAGUUUGGCCACCAAAGAUGACGCCGAGAGUUUAGUGCAGAAUACUCAGAGAGAUAAAAAAGAACCCUAGAGUGUUUUCUAAAAAGUUAUAGAAAUCACUGCCACAGUUCGGUAUCUCUGUGGACACAUAACAACUAUACAUAAACCUAUGGCCAAGAAUGGUGUCCAUGGGAGGACUCCACGGAGGAAGCCACUGCUGUCUAAAAAAUAUAUUGUUGCUCGUCUAAUGUUUGUAAAAAGGCACUUGGAAACUCCACAGACGUUUUGGCAAAAUAUUUCGUGGUCUGAUUAAACCAAAGUUGAAUUGCUUGGAAGUAACACACAACGACAUGUGUGGAGGAAAAAUGGAACAGCUCACAAACAUCAACACCUCAUCCCCACCGUGUAGCAUGGUGGAGGGAGCAUCAUGAUUUAGGGCUGCUUGCUGCCUCAGGGCUUGGACAACUUCAAUCAUUAAUGGAAGAAUGAAUUCAAAAGUUUAUCAGGAUGUUUUGUAGGGACACCUGAGGCUGUCUGUCAGACAGUUGAAGCUAAAAAGAGGAUGGAUGCUGCAACAAGACAAUGAUCCAAAACACAGAAGUAAAUCAACUUCAGAAUGGUUUCAGAAGAACAAACUACACGUUCUGUCGUGGCCAAGUCAAAGUCCAGACUUGAACCCCAUUGACAUGACCUAAAGACAGCGAUUAAUGCCAGACAUCCCAGCAUCUGACUGAACUACAGCAGUUUUGUAGAAAAGAAUGGGCCAAGAUUAAUCCUGAUCGAUGUACCAGACUGAUCUGCAGCAUCUGGUUGAAGUUAUUGCUGCCAAAGCGGGGGGCCACAAAAUAUUAAAUGUGAUGGUUCGCUUACUUAUUUUUCCCCCUUCUGUACUUUUUUUUUUUUUUUUUUUUUGCAUAUUAUCCUGAUUAAAAUAUGAAAACCUAUAAAUGUUUGGGUGGUUUUAGUUCAAGCAGACACAGUUUUUUCAUCUGUGUGAUUUUGACAAAUUUCAGAUCACAUUUGAUGGUGAGUUUAUGCAGAAAUGUGAAAAUUCCAAAAGGUUCAGAUACUUUUUCAUACCACAGGCACCAAUGACUCGCGAUAGCUUAGCCACUCAAGAGCCCUGCAAUUAACAAACAACGAACAAACUGCACAGAAUUUGUUGAAAUCAACUCCAACGACUAAUUAAACACCCGCUGACUCAAAGAUGAAGCCUUAUGUCAAAAAUUCUGAACUGCUCCUUUAAAUUUAUUUAGGCUAUAGGAGAGUCAACUACAUGAGAUGAAGUUUUUCGCUGCCUCUCCUCAAUCUCCGCCUAUGAAUGCAAACGUGUUAUCUUACACGAUUUGUUGAGAUCAAGUUUGGUUUGUGUAUUGUUUUUCUAUCUUGUGGAAAUAAAUACAUUGGUGAAGAGACAGAUUUUCCAGAGAAUGCAAAUUUUCUGUGUGAAAGCAUCCUAAAAUGUUAACGUUAGAUUUUUAUCUGUAUGUUUUGAUUUAUUUGGCUCAAGUUACGUAAAAUAAGAAACAAAUAAAACAUUUUGAUGAGCAGUAUGUCAUCCUGGAAAUCUUAGAACACUGACACCGUUGUCCCUUAGCAUCAUAAAAGACACAAGGGGCUUUUAAUUAAUGCCAACAUAAACCAGUCAAAAGCAAUGAUAGAUGUUCCUCUAUUAUUAGUCUUUUUUCCCCCUUUCAAACAUAACCUUGCGAUCAACCCAGUGAUUUUUUUUACGACUAAACCCACAGAAACAGUUGAUGGUGUGAAUGCCAUACCAAAGCAUCGUGAUCAUUGUCUUUAUUUGCAGUUGCAAAACAUGCCGGGAACCAUAAAAGAAACAAUGGUCUCCCACCCAAAUAUAACCACCAUAAAGGGAUUUGUCUCAAGCCUUUUUGAGCCUUUUAGGGAUGCUAAAGGUCGAGAUUAAGACAUUUGAUAUUAUAAAUGAUUUUGUAACUCUAAAUGUUAAAAUGCUUUAUCAAAACUGGUAAAUUCCGAUUGCCAACCAAUCAUUAAGGUUGAGUUUUUUUUUUUUUUGCUUUAUGUGAAGCUGUUUUUUAGGCACUGGUUGCUAAAUCCUAACUCUGAAAAGAGUUCAUGUACAUUUGCCAAAAUUUCUGUCUAUUUAUUGUAUUUGCCUUGGAGUUAUAUGUGUUUUUCCUAUGCGAAAUAAUAUUACUUCUUCUGAUUGGAAGCAUUUCGUCGGAUGAAUCUACUGGCCGGAAAAACUUGGACAUUCUAGUCAUUCAAAGCACUGUAUUGUAGCUGAAGGCCAAAGUAUCCAGUGAUAGAACUAUUUGAACUCAUGGGAAAUAAGAUUCCCGGUGGACGACAUUUUCAAAAGGAUGAAAAGGACCCCAAAGUGGGACUUGAAGGGAUUCUCUAAGUUUCCACUCACUGCUGAGUUACUCAAGGGACAGUCAUCACUGGAAAAGACAAACAAACAUGAGACAACACUCUGAUUCAUCUAUUUGAGUCUCUAGUGGUUGUUUUAUAACAGUGUAACUUAUGAGAUACUGAUUAAUAAAAUUAUGUUACUACACUGAGACGUUGUACGUAUUAGUUUGUCUAAUGUACACAGCUGGCCAAAAGUAUUGGCACCCCUGCAAUUCUGUCAGAUAAUGCUUAAUUUCUCCCAGAAAAGAAUUACAAAUGCUUUGGUAGGAAUAUCUUCAUGUAUUUUGCUUGCAAUGAAAAAACACAAAAGAGAAUGGGCGAAAAAAAUCUAAUCAUGAUCAUUUUACACAAAACUCCAAAAAUGGGCCGAACAAAAGUAUUAGCACCCUCAGCUUAAUACUUGGCGGCUUCUGGUAUCCAUCAAUGAGUUUCCUACAAUUCUCUGCUGGAAUUUUAGUCCAUUCUUCUUCGGCCAACUGCUGCAGGUCCCUGAGGU